GCCCGCCUGCGUUUUUAACUAAAACAAAUCCUCUCAACACACUAUUACGAGUCAGCUGUUUACGUAUUGCACAGCUGUUGAAGUUAAUACUCUCAGAAUCGAAUCAGCGAUAACAUAAGCGAUAUUGAGUAAUAUAAUUAAAACUAGUACUUAAUGUGAGCACAUAUUGCGGCUAAGAAGACUCGAGUGCCGCGAUUACAAAGCAUUACUACUCGCUCACAUAUUGCGCAGCACAACAAACACACACACAACAAGGAUGCACACAAAUUCGCUGCCAAUGCUGCUGCUGCUGCAACUACUGGCGGUCAUGGCCCCUGCCAGGGGCAACCAUCAGCAAAUGGUUGGGAGCAGGGAAAAAGUGCUGUCUGGCAUACAGGAGGGCUUUAUUGGACUGGAGGAGUCACAGACGCUGCCCGAACCGCACACGCGCGAGCAAGUUGAACUGCUGCGACACUUGAAUUUUGUGCCACCGGCAAUAGACUUUGGCAGAUGGUCGGUGGGUCAGACGGUAACACAGAUUGUGACGCUGUUUAAUCAGCACACAAAUCGCACAGUACAUCUGAACUCAGUCACUGGGCCAAGCCCAGUGUUUUACAGCAGUUUCUUUGGUACGCGCGAGGUGCCGCCCCAAGGCAAUACCACGUUUAGUGUCGUCUUUCUACCACGACAAUUAGGUGCCAUAUCAACGGGUCUGCGCAUCCAAACUUCCUUCGGCCGUGCCGAGUUUGCGGUGCGCGGCGAGGGCAGUGAGUGUCCCUAUCGCCUAAAGCCACUUGUAGGCAUUAAGGCGCCAAUGAAUUCAACACUCACGCCCGAAAUUCAUAUGUACAAUCCCCACGAGCGACCCCUGCAGAUACUCGAGGUCUACAGCAGCGGGGGUGAAUUUCAACUGGAGCUGCCCAGUGGUGGAUCAGAGGGGCCACAGAAUCUGUGGGAAAUACCGCCGCAUUCGCUAAAGCCAGUCAUACGCAUAUCGUUUCACGGACGCACUGCUGGCAACCACAGCGCCUACAUACGUAUAAAAAUAGCCGAACAGGCAGCAGACGAUGCUUCACCGCUGGAGCAUCUAAGUGAAAACGUACUAGUCAUACCCGUUGAAUUCGAAAUAUUGCCACGGCAUGGCGCAUAUGCGAGCAAUCCGCUGGCCGACUUUGGUCGCUUAGCUACGGAUCAGCAUGCCGAUGCGUUGCGCUUCAAAUUAGACAUGCAAAAUCAGCCUGUAGAUGCGGAACAACGUCAACUAAUAGGCAACUAUCUACGCGACAUACCAGGCCUAAGCUAUGAUGCGCACAAUGCAAGCAUUGUGCUGGAUCCCAAGCUUUUCGACGAGAGCGGCAGCAUUAAUGAUCUGCUGGUCAUCAGUAGCAGCAAUAGCGGCGGCGAGGAGCAGCAAUUCACAGUGCUGGUGCGUGCCGAAAUAUUUAAAGGUGGCCUCUACUAUGAUCGCAAUGUGACGCUCUUCAUAAGCAACUCCAGCAUCGAAGAAACGCCGCUGGAGACGCACCGCACUUUGGUGGUGCGCAAUGAUUUUGCCUUUCCGCUGAUGCUCUACAACUUCAGUUUGACAGAGCCCAUUGAUACGGCUCUACUUCAGUUAUCGUCACUUGAACAGGAACUGUUAUUGCAGCCGGGCGAAUCAGUGGAACUGCUGCAACUUCAUUUGCUCAACGUGGAGGCCACAUUCAACUCGAUGCUGCUCAUCGUGAGCAAUGUGACAACAUUUGUCCUGCCGGUCAUCGCGUGCAGCGGUCGUUUGCAUGUCUCCACACAACAAUUUACGCUGCGGCUGCCCACUGAUAGUGAAUAUAGUCUCAACUUGGAUCUGGGCACUGUGCCCUUUGCGGAGAUGUCACGGGACGCAUUCAUCAUACUGCGUAACGACAAUCCCAUGCCCAUCAAAAUAACCAACUGGUACUUUAAAUCGCCUAAGUCGGUGUACUUCCAGUCUAUGUUCCGAGGGUGUGUGCCGGCGGCUGUCACUGUGAAUGCCUCAUUGACAAACAUUCCGAUUGAAUCGGAUAAGAGCACAAUAUUUAAGUUCUGUGGCCAGUUGGAGCCCGGCGACAGCGCCAUCUUCAUCUUGUCCAUCCAAACGUAUGUCGCCGAGGAAAGCUACGGCACACUGAAAGUGUGGACACCCUACGAGCUAAUACGCACUACGGUGCGUUUUAAGGCAUCCGUUGGUCAGCUGGACAUCGAGCAGGAGCAGUUGCAGUUUAAAUCUUGUUUUCCUGGCAAAAUAUGCUCCGCUGUAUUGAGCAUACGAUCCAGUUUUUUGCAUCCAGUGCAUGUGAAAUCGGUGUCUUUUACACGCCCUGGUCUGCGCUUCAAGGACUUCAAUGCGAAGGGCACAACGAUUGGAGCACAGACAUUGACCAAAGUGGGGCGCAUAUACUUUGAGCCCUCUGCUGUUUGUGGCAGCACCUGCUACAUACGUCCCACUGCCGAUGGACACUCGAUAUUUCCAGGCCACAGUGGCGUCGCUGCAGGGGCCAACAGCAACAACAAUCUACUCUACGAUGGCGUGGAGGUUCGUCAACGCACAGAACUCUACAGACAGUUUAAACGUCAGCUGCAGUCCAUGUCGCUGACACUGCACAGCGAGGAGCUGCCACCAUUGGAGCUGGAGUUUAGCAUUGCUAUCGAGUGGCCCAAGCUGGUGCAAUAUCAGCCAUUGCCACCCACGCCGGCCAUCGAGGUGGGCCAGGUGCAGCGCCAGUGGAUAACGUUAAGCAAUCCUUCGAUGCAGCCAUUGCUGCUUGACUAUUUCCUCUCAGACCCGGCGUAUGCGAGACGAACACAACUCUCACUGCCCCAUGAGGUGAUCGAUGUGAGCAGCAGCAGCUGUUAUCUGACGGAUCGCGACGUCUUUUCGCUGCCUGAUGCGCCGUACGGCGGACCCGUGUUGCUGCCUGGCGGCGCCACACUCACUAUACCCGUGCAGUUCAGCGCCCUGCAGCCGGACAAAUACUGCACGCUGCUCCAUGUACGCAGCAAUCUGACGCUCUACGAGGCUGUCUGGCUGACUGCUCGUGCCGUACAAUCCCAGUUUCGUUUGGGCAAUCGACGACCUGGCUCGAAUGCUCCAUUGCUUUUUGAAUUCAAUGCGGAACUGUUUGAGCACUGUGAUGGCAGCUUGAAGUCUGCCGACGGCAACCAGGAUGAAGACAUCCUCUCGAGCCAUACGGUUAUGGCCACGCGCAGCUUCACGGCUCGCAAUGCUGGGGUACUGCCCAUACGCAUUGCAGGCUUUCUCAUUGGCAAGCGUCCGUGCGAGGGCUACGGCUUUUGGGUGCUUGACUGUCAGAGCUUCGAGCUGGGCGAGAAUGAGACGCGCAAAAUCGAGAUCAGCUUCACCACGGACUUUACCGCAUCGCGUGUGCAGCGCACUUUGACGCUGCUGACGAAUCUCAGCUAUGAUAUAAGCUAUCAGCUAGUCGCGCAGCUGCCAGCCGAGAGUGUGGAACGCUGUGCAGCGAGUCUGCCACGACCCCCCUGGGAGCCAGCAUUACGAAACGCAGCGCUGGUGGUGCUUCUGGCCAGCUUCUGUCUGGUGCUGCUAGCCGCUGUCUUCGAUGCACGUGCGAUAAUGGCCCAGCAGAGUGCUUACGAUGCUGCUCGCUAUAAGGGACCCGUGCAGCCGACGUUCAACUUGCGCAAUAUUGUCAAGAUGCAGGUGGCUGAGGAGGCAGCGGCAGCCGCUGAAGCAGCCGCAACGGCAGCGGCCCUCAAAGUGGAACAGCAGCAGAAGUUUAGAAAUGGUCAGCUCAAGGAGUUGCGCAAGCGCACGACCCCGACUAAUUCGACAGCAGAUAAGAUGACGAAUACGCGCAAGUCCAAAUCCUGGACAGCAUGGAGCAUGGACAUGGCCAGCUGUGAAGCCAAAGCUGCUGCUGUUUCAACUGCUGCUGCUGCUGCAACCGUUGCCGUCGCAUCCCAACCGAAGCUCUCCACUUCGCCCAAGCCCAGCAAGAAAGCAACGCAAGUGCUUCAAGUGCAGUCUCUAACGACAGCUGUGCGUGCACCAAAGAAACCAAAACAAACGACGCCAAUUAGCGCGACGCCCAAACCAAAGGUUGAGCCAGUUCCGAUCGAAGUGCAAGAGAAGCGCAUUAGUCCGAACAGCAAAGGUCAGCAGGAAAAUGUAUCGCCGCGCGCUUGCAAAGUGAAUCCAGAAACGCCAAAGGAACGUGUGCUCAAGGAGCAAAAUGGCAGCGCCAAAAAAGUGGGCAAGACGCCUGGUCGUGAGCGCCGCAAGGAGCAAAAGCUGACCACACCCAACGGCAAGAAGUCGACAGAACGCAAACAGCGCAGCAGGCAGCUCAAUUUCAAUGGCAAUCCGAUGCCAGCUGGCGGAGCAUCGCCAGUGAUCACACCAGACGUCGACACCAUGAUCACCUCGCCCUGGGAGACUAGCAGCCGCGUUUCGUUCCGAGAUGUGCUGCAAACGAAACCGUUGCCAGCGAUCGAUAACGGACUCAACUGGGAUCCGGCAGCAAGUGACUUGGCCAGUAGUCAAUUAGGGCCAAUUGGUAGCCGAAAAAGCCUUCCCCCAGCACCAGUUGCAUCGCUCUAUCAGCCAAUUCAUCAGCCGGAGGCGACAACAUCCAGCAAUACGUCAAUUCGUUCGCUAUUUGACAAUUCGAAGUCGGACUUGAAUAUGGAUUUGCCUGCUUUGAAUGAUCUUUGUGGCAACUUGUAUGAACGGGAGCAGCCGCAUACGCAGUGGGAACGCAGCGAGCUGAUAAUGAACCAGCAAUUGCUGCUGCAGCAAUUGGCACAUCAGCGUAAACAGCAGGAGCAGCAGAAGCUAUUGCACAUGUCCAACAUGGAGAGCAACAAUUGGGCUGUGAAUCAAGGAAAUGCGGCUCCUUCUUGGACGCCGCUUGGCUAUUCCGGCUGGCCAAAUCAGACUGCCGCGCGCACAUCACCAACGCAUACCAUAACGCCAGGUGUGGGCGUUAUACGUCCGCCUCCAGGUCUGGAAUCGAACUACAACAAUUGCCAGUUGCCAGCAGCAGGAACUGAAGUCGGUGUCGGUGUCGGCGUCGGUGUUGGGCACAGAAAUGAAGCGGCAGCAGCAGUAGCAGCAGCAUCAGCAGUUGGAGCAACGGCAUCCACAAAUAACAAUCAGAGCAAUAACCAUAUCGAUGGUUUGCAGAACGCACAAGAUAGGCCACAGCACAAUAUACCCUAUCAAUAUGAUCCGUUUACCUCGCCAAGCUCAAUCUGGUCGGACAAUUGGCGCCAGCGCAACAAUCACAUGAACUGAAGGUGCAUCAAAAGCUCACUGAUCAAAUUUAAGCAACCAAAUGAAAUUCUUAUUCUACAUAUAGACACUUAGGCUACUCUAAGAAUCGAUGAAACACAUGAUCUUUUCCAAUUUGACAUUUGACUAAAUAAACA